AUUUAAAAAACAGACCAACUGAAGCUGGGCGGGGUGUUCUGCAGAACAUGAAACUAACAUUGUUUUCAUUACCUUUAUUUAACCAGACAGGUCAUUGAGAACACACACUCUUUUACAGUGACGACCUGGCAGUUUUAAACUCAUUGGUAGGCUUGAAAAGCAACAAGACAAGAUUACAUGAGCUCUUCCCUUCAUUCAAACACUGAGAAACACAGGACAGAGGAGACUGUUCCAGAGACUGCUCCCAUGGCUGAAGCAGGUCCUUCUUCCUGGACUGCAGGUUAUCGUACAGGUGUUGACACGUGUAAAUUCCAGGGAUGCCUCUGCUGCAGGAAUAUAUGGAAGGGUGCUGUUAUAUUUCAGAGCACAGCUACAGGAAAACAGUACAACAUCACCCAACGUCUGACAUGCAAGACACCAAGUGUCAUCUACAUCAUCCAGUGCAAAAAAUGCCCGAAGCAGUAUGUUGGGAAGACUGCAACCACACUCCAAAAAAGAUUCAAAGAGCACAGAAGCUCCAUCAGACAUCGCCAGCAUCGGCCAAUCUCUGAUCAUUUUAACAACAUUGGCCAUUCCCUUGAAGAUCUGAUUCUAUUUCCAAUUGAGCAGGUCACUGGUUUUGAAGCACUAAAAGAGAGGGAAUUCUACUGGAUCAGAAAGCUUGAAACAAUGGUCCAUGGACUAAAUCUGGUGCCAUGUAAAUAUGCAAGACAGCAGCAACUGGGUGAUGGUGUGAAAAGAUCAGCGGGACCAGUUCAGGGACAAGUGGAAGAAUACAUGGAGUCUCCUGAGAAAGGUAAACGAAAGCUCUGUGGGAAUGAUGAUCUGAAAUCAAAGAGGAGAAAGCUGAAAAAUAAAAGACAGCCAGUGUUUUCAAGUGAGACGGAAGAGCUUCUCUUAACCUGCAAAGAUGCAAUAGAAGAUGGAAAACAAGCCAUGUCUCAGGUUUACACCAAACUGAAAAAUGUUACCAGCAGAGAGAGACAGAGCAUGGAAUUCCUGAAAGAUCUAAAAAAGAAGGUCUCAGAUUUAAAAGAAUAUGACCAAAAAAAGAAAAUUUACAUUGGACUGUUUGGGAAGACGGGAGCAGGGAAGAGCUCACUGAUCAACGCAAUUGUCAAUGAAGACCAGCUUCUGCCUUCAGCACUCUCAUAUGCCUGCACUUCAGUCUUAGUGCAAGUGCAAGCCAAUACAGAAUCCAGAAAAUACAAAGCUGAUAUUGAAUUCAUCAGCCCAGAGGACUGGAAAUCAGAACUGCAAUUCCUGGUAGAAUUACUCAAAAAUGAAAAUGACCAUCAAAACGCUUCAAAAAAUACUGCAGAAGAUGGUGAAAUGGUAGAAAUGGCAAGAGAAAAGAUCACAGCCAUUUAUGGAAGAGUGGGACUGGAGAAAAGUUACAGUGAAUUGGUGGGGCCCAGAGAGUUUCCUGAGAUUCCCCACACAGGCAAGAAGACAAUGCAGUUUGACAAAGCCGAAGAACUGUCUCAAAGCAUUGAAUGCUACAUUCGGAGUGAUGAAAAAGGAAAAGAUAAGUUCUGGCCUCUUGUGAAGCGAGUCACCAUCUCCUUGCCACAGUCUCCAGCUCUACUGGAAGGGGUUGUGCUGGUGGACCUGCCUGGGGCCGGAGAUGUCAGUAAACACAGAAGUGAAAUGUGGAAAAAGUGUCUCAGCCAGUGCUCCUCAGUCUGGAUUGUGAAUGAGAACAACCGUGCCCUGUCUGAGAAAGUUGCAGAUGAGAUCUUUGAUACAACACUGAGACACGUUGCUGGAGGAGGAGAGUGUCACAACAUCACUUUCGUCUGCACCAAAACAGAUACUAUCAACCCAGAGGACAUCAAAAAGAGUUAUCAUCUCAGAGAUAAGGAUCUUGAAAUAGAAUGUGAUCCAAAGGAUCCUCAAUAUGAUAAUAAAGAAAAACAGGCAUGUAUACUGUUACACAAUAAGAGAUUUAAAGAAGCAAUCAGUGAUCUCUUCAAAAAGAAAACGAAGAAAUUUCUGCUUGGCGAUGAAGGGCAUUCAGACGGCUUCUUUGAUGUGUACACUGUGAGUUCUAGAGAAUUCAGCAGAAAUAAACAAGGGAAGUCAACUGUUCUGGAUCUGGAUGAAACUGAAUUGCCAUUGCUGAUGGAGCACAUUAAGAAACUGUAUGUCUCCCAUUCUGUGAAGGAAGUGAAAGAUUAUGUAUCUGAUGUUUCCGGAAUCAUUUCAUAUCUUCGCUUUUCAAAGGACGCCGUCAGUUCAAAGGCUCAGACUUCAAAUUUCCAGGAGUUCAGGCGACUUGGAAAGGACUUGGAUGAAACUUGCAUAAAACUGAAUUCAGUUCUGGGCAGAGUUCACACAAUACUCCGGAAAGGUCUGCGGACUGGAGCAGAGGAAGCAGAGAAAUGCUGCCUGAGGAACGCCACAAAGAGUGUGCUGGAACCAACACGGUUUGGUGGCGGAGGCCACCACAGGACGCUCAAAGCCUUGUGUAGAAAGGAUGGCUAUCACCGAUCUGACAAAAUAGGGGUAUUUGAUCUGAACUACACUCUGUCAGAACCAAUGUACAAACAGAUGAAUGAUGUAUUUCUGACAACGUUUAGCGCUGGAGGUUCGAGAGCAUCAAUCAAUGGGCGCUUUGCAAGUUUUCAAGAGAACUUCAUCACAAAUGAACUUCUGAAUUCUCACAAAACAAAGAAUAAAGAAAAAUACUUGCGUCUGGUGUACAUCAGAACAGAGCAAAGAAAAUUACACAAGAAUUUGGAAAAGCAAAUCCUAAAGAGAAAGAAGCUGAUCUACAAUUCCCUCACUGAUUCAAUCCGUGACACCAUGACGCCAACAUAUCAAGAAUGCGUUGACAUCCAUGGACAAUCUUCUUUCUAUAAGAUUCAACAUAAACUGAAAGAUGCCAUUGAGAAAUCCAAAAAUUACAUGUUCUUUGUGGCCAGGAAGAAGAUGCUAGAUGAGUUCAGUAGUCUGCAGAAAUACCUUGUGACAGAAACUAAGACACAGAUGACAACCUCCUUGAGGCUGGCUCUAAACCAGAUCCCAGAUGACCUCACUGGCCUCCCAGAUGUUUCAGAAGAAAUGGAGACAAUGAAGCGAAGCUGUGACUCUUUAGGACUCAAGAUAUUUUAAGUCACCGAAAGCGGAUGACGGAUCCAGCUGAGAUCACCAUGGCAACCUGUCUCAUCCAAAUAAGGUUGCAAAAUUUCAUGAAUAUUCAGGGUGGAAACUUUCUUUGGGAAUUAAUGGGAAUAUAUGGGAAUUAACAAAAAUGAAUGAACAAUCUUUUGCAACCCUAUACCCAAACAAUGAGGGUGCUGUGAAACAUGCAUUUUAACAGACACUGAUGACUAUUUUGCUUGUCAACAUGUGUGUACAGAUAAUUCCCUGAAGAAUCAGCAUUAAUCCACCACACCACUGGGAUUGACUAAUUGUUCAUUCAGCUUUUAAAACUAAGCAAGAAUUUUAUAAAUCAACAGGGUUUUCUUUAAUAAAUUUUAAUGACAGUUCAAUGCUAAAUACUGAAUUUUGACAUUUGAUCAGUUGAGAGAGAUUUGACAGUUUAACUGGCCCUCUUUAAAUAUUUUACUCCUAUGUCAAGUACAGUAUGUAUAGCUACAUAUAUAACCAUAGCUUUUUAUUUUAGUGCCAAGUGCUUAUCUUGCUAGCUAGUUACUUACUUAAGUUACCUACUUGAUUCUGCUCGCAAUUCUAAAGACAAUAAAUGACAGGUGCACCAGGAGGAAAUGCAAGUGCUUUUUUAAUUCAUUCACUGCUUUGCUGUGCUACAAGGUCACAAAUUUCCAUCUCUGAGUUUGGGGGAAAAGUGGUCUGAAAUGAACAUGCAGCACCAAUGCUGUUUGUGUUGAAUAACUGAAGUCAAGUGAACUCAUCAGUUCAGUUCAGUACAGCAAAGCAAAAAUGUUCCUUAAACUGUUUCAUAUUCAUUUCUUCUGCGGUCAACCUAUGAAGUUUUUAGUCAUUUUAAACAGAGAAUUGAUUUUCUGCACUUCUUAUUUUAAGUGGCGGCUUAAUAAAAGUAGUUAAAAAAUAA